CGGCAAACUGCUGUCUGCUAUUUAUUUUCAAAAGAAAAUAGAAACCAUUGCCGGAAUUAUUACACAUAGAAGUUGAUUAAUAAGUAAAUCUGAUGAUGUGGAAAUCACGUUCCAUUCGCCAUGCUUUUAAAAUGUGCAGAUGCAAAUCCUAUAAACAUGUGUUUUGGAAGAGACAAAUAUUUCUUUUGCCAGAGCACAUGAGUCUCCAACAAAGUUUUCAACACUAUUCCAGUAAAUCUAAAUCUGAAAUUGACCUAACCUUAUUCCCUGUCGAGAGGAUCAGAAAUUUUUCAAUCAUAGCUCAUAUUGAUCAUGGGAAGAGUACUCUUGCAGAUAGGCUAUUAGAAUUAACAGGAACAAUUAGCAAAGGAGGUCAUGAAGCCCAAAUGCUUGAUCGUUUGCAAGUAGAAAGGGAGAGAGGCAUUACAGUGAAAGCUCAAACUGCCACAUUAGUAUAUAAUUAUCAAGGAAAUGACUAUUUGCUGAAUUUAAUCGAUACACCGGGGCACGUCGAUUUCUCCUUUGAAGUAUCACGGUCAUUGGCAGCUUGCCAGGGGGUUAUUCUUUUAGUUGAUGCAAAUCAAGGAGUUCAAGCUCAGACAGUUGCAAAUUUUUUCCUUGCUUUUUCUCAAAAUCUGGCAAUAGUUCCUGUCAUGAAUAAAAUUGACCUGAAAAAUGCUGACCCCGAGAGCGUAGCUACUCAAAUGAAAAAUGUGUUUGAAUUUGAACCGAAGAAUAUCUUACGUAUUUCAGCUAAAACAGGCCUUAACGUAGACGCGGUACUUCAGUCCAUUGUAGAACGUAUUCCUCCUCCGAAACAUUGUAAUAUAAAUAAGCCUUUUCGAGCUUUACUGUUUGAUAGUUGGUACGACCGAUACCGGGGAGUUAUAGCGGUAAUUGCUGUAAUUGACGGAAUUAUUCGCAACGGUGACGCCAUUAGCGCAAAGCAUACGGGCAAAUCCUACGAAAUUAAAGAUCUUGGGAUCCUUCAACCUAACGAAGUCAGCCUCUCCUGUUUGCAAGCAGGACAGGUUGGAUACGUUGUUUGCAAUAUGCGUUCGAGUAAUGAGGCAAAAGUUGGCGACACGUUGUUCAAAAAGGGUUUAACAAAUGUCGAAGAAGUAGCUUCAUUUCGACAAUCCAAGCCAAUGGUCUUUGCUGGUGUUUACCCAAUGGAUCAGUCUGAAACGGCAGCGCUCCGAAGUGCUUUAGAUAAGCUUACUUUAAACGAUUCUAGCGUCACUGUUGCCAAAGAAUCAAGUGCUGCUCUCGGACAAGGUUGGCGACUCGGUUUUUUAGGUCUUCUUCACAUGGAAGUCUUCAAUCAACGCCUCGAGCAAGAGUACGGAGCUGAAGUUAUCGUCACAGUUCCCAGUGUUCCCUACAAAAUUAGGCUACUUGGCGAAAAGAAUAUUAAGUUAUAUGGAGCAAGAGAUAUCAUUGUAAAUAAUCCUGCUCAGUUUCCAGAUAUAUCAAUUAUUGAACAGUUUUUUGAGCCCAUGGUUCUAGGCACUAUUAUAACCCCAGAUGUCUAUUUCGGACCAAUUAUGUCUUUGGCCUUGGAUCGACGAGGUGUUCAAAUUGACUCGAAAAACAUAGACAAUUCACGAAUCAUGAUGCAGUUUAGGUUUCCCUUGAAUGAAAUAGCCGUCGAUUUUUAUGAUGCUUUGAAAUCUCUUUCAUCCGGUUAUGCUAGUUUUGACUACGAAGAAGAUGGUUUUCAAGAAUCGGAUAUUGUCAAGUUGAACCUAAUGUUGAACGGCGAAAUUGUAGAAGAACUGUGCACAGUCGUUCAUGUUAGCAAAGCUCGUAAAUACGGGAAAGAGAUUUGUCUGCGCUUGGCUGAAACGAUACCAAGACAGAUGUUUCAAGUUGCGAUUCAGGCCGUUAUUGGUGGCAAAGUGGUGGCUCGGGAAAACGUCGCAGCCCUACGGAAAGAUGUCACUGCCAAAUGCUACGGUGGUGAUAUCUCGCGGAAGAUGAAACUUCUGAAACGACAAGCUGAAGGAAAAAAGCGAAUGAAAUCCAUCGCCAAUAUUGAAAUCCCUAGAGAAACUUUUAUAAAAGUGUUAAAACGGUGAAAUACGACGCUGUUCAUAGUACCGAG